GUCAAAACCAAUGCAAGUUGACAGUGACAUCAUCAACCGGCGACCAGUGACGCUCCACAGCCGAAGGUCACCGUGGUUGUUCCUCUACUAAGAUGGCGGCAGCCUUGUGUCAGUGUUACCGGACUUGUUUGUCCAGCAGAGUUAGACUAUUAGCAGCAAGUUAUCCCCUCUCAGUUGUGAAUAAUGGGAGUGUCUUUCGGAUAUGUCGUCCAGCUCUGGAGUCUCAGCAGCUGCGAUUUUAUUCAUCAGGAGGCAGACGAGGGUUUCUGGCAGGACUUUUUGAUAGCAUCAAACAGGAAAUGUCAAAAAAUAAGGAGAUGAAAGAAAGCAUAAAAAAAUUUCGAGAAGAGGCAAAGAAGCUUGAAGAAUCUGAAGCCUUACAGCAUGCUCGGAAGAAAUAUAAAAUAAUUGAGUCAGAAACAGUAAAGACGUCAGAGGUGUUCAAAAAGAAAUUUGGAGAGAUAUCAGAAACCGUAAAAGAGGGUUUGGAUGAAGUCAGCAAAAGUGAUAUUGGGCGUAAGAUUCGGGAAGGCGUGGAGGAAGCGGCAAAAACUGCCAAACAUUCAGCUGAAUCUGUAUCCAAAGGAGGAGAAAAAUUUGGGAAGACUGCUGCAUUCAAAGCCAUUUCCCAGGGUGUGGAGACUGUAAAGAAAGAAAUUGAUGAAAGUGUCCUAGGUCAAACAGGACCCUAUCGUCCACCUCCAAGGUUGAGGAAAAGAAGUGAAUAUUCUGGAGAUGGAAGUAAAGAGGAAAAAAUAUUUGAAGCCAACGAAGAAGCUAUGGGUGUGGUGCUACAUAAGGACUCCAAAUGGUACCAGCAGUGGAAAGAGUUCAAGGAAAACAAUGUUGUAUUUAACAGAUUUUUUGAAAUGAAGAUGAAAUAUGACGAAAGUGAUAACGCCUUUAUCAGGGCCUCACGCACUAUUACUGAUAAAGUGACCGACCUUGUAGGGGGGCUGUUUUCCAAGACAGAAAUGUCAGAGGUCUUGACAGAGAUUCUGAAGGUUGACCCAAGCUUCGACAAGGAUAAGUUCCUGAAAUUAUGUGAGAGAGAUAUCAUACCCAACAUACUGGAGUCCCUGAUUAGAGGUGACCUCGAUGUCCUUAAAGACUGGUGCUAUGAAGCGACGUACAGUCAGCUAGCACAUCCCAUUCAGCAGGCCAAAGCCAUGGGCCUUCAUUUCCACUCCAAGAUCCUAGAUAUUGACAAUAUUGAUCUGGCAAUGGGAAAGAUGAUGGAGCAAGGGCCAGUUCUUAUUAUAACUUUUCAGGCUCAACUUGUCAUGGUUAUCUCAAACCAGAAAGGAGAGGUUGUGGAAGGUGACCCUGACAAGGUUUUACGGAUGUUGUAUGUAUGGGCCCUCUGCCGAGACCAGGACGAACUAAACCCUUAUGCGGCCUGGAGACUCUUAGAUAUAUCUUCGUCUGCCUCAGAACAGAUUCUCUGAGAGAGAAGAGCCCUUAGUGAUUAGCUACUGUGCCUCCAUCAUCUGCCAUUUGAAUGCAGAAAUUCAAAGAGGAAACAGACAUUCAGAUGGACCUUUGUGUUCUGCUAGCUAAGCAGCAACAUACUAUAUAAGACUUUCUCCUUCCAGGAGGGAGUACAGUUUACUACCAUAUUGGUUAGAUCUGCCAACAUUUGAUUGAAGAUACUUUUUUUUGAUUACUUACAGUGUCUGCUUAUUUAAAGAAAGUGAAUUGCUCCAAGGACCAAAGUGAAAUAGUGGCAGUGACAAGGUUAUAGGGUCUGAACAUCCAACUUGUUUGUCCUAGAACCUUUUAUGUUCUUAAGGAAUAAGAAAGCCAACCUAUUAUAAAAUAUACUUUUGGUGUCAAAUAGCCUUGAAAUGGUUCACCAAAAACCAAGAACCUGAGUCUUGUUUAGUUGACCAUAUGUUAUUUCUUCACUCACUUUCUAUAAGCAGACCUUCUGGGAUAAUUGUAACAAUAUAUUUAAUAUACCCUCAGAAUAAAUUCAAGUUGUAAGUCAA